GAAGAUAACCUUUGUUAAAAAAAGAAAACAGAGACAGUGUAUCUGAGGAAAGAAGGGGAGAUUAAAAUGGUGGAAGCAUUAGCAUAGCAUAGCAUAGAAAGAAAGAAGUGUAGGGUUUGUUGUUUUGGAUGAAAAUGGUGGAAAGGAGAAAGCCUCUGAUACUGUGUUCCACCAAACACAUAAUCAAUUCCACUUCCCCAAACACCAAUCUCUUCCAACACCAACCUUCUCCCAAUCUCCGUUUGCCUGUUGGUAUUCUCCGUUUCUCCAAUCUACCAAAUCCCUCUCUCGACCACUCUGCAAUUCUCGCCCUCUCCACUCCCCUUCUCAAAACCCUUUCCAUCACUUCUGGUUCCCCGGUUCUGGUCAAAAAUGCUGAAAUGAACAUACACAGAAUUGCACUGGCUAUUGCUCUUGAUCCUCCAGGCACACCCACUAAUACGAACUCGCUCUCUUCUUCUUCUUCUUCUUCUUCUUCACGGAUGAUGCUUCUAUUUCCUUCUUGUGAUUUCCCUCUUAAUGGUCCUUUAUUAAACGAUCACGUUGCUUAUUUAUCUCCGUUUUUAGCCUUUAACCUUAACUUGCACGUAGCAUGCUUAAAGUCCAUUUUACACCACGGCCAAGACGCUUUAGCAUCAUAUUUCAAACCUCAAGGUAAAGGGGGUGAUGAGGAUACUGCUAGAAGCGUUGUAGAUUCUGUCAUCAACGUAGAAUUGGAACCGUUUCUUCAACCUCCAAGGUUUGCCUCUCUUCUCAGGGUUUCUUUUGUGAAGAUUCCGGAAUGUGGCAUCCUUGAAUCUAUUAGAACAAGUUCACCGAUUGAGUCUCAAGAGCGUCAAGACAUGAUUGACUUGGCUUUGCAAAAGUACUUUGAAGUCGAUAGGUAUUUGUCAAAGGGAGAUGUUUUCGGAAUUAACAUAAACUGGAACUGCAAUUCCACCAUUUGCAUUCCUUGCAAUCAAAGAACGCCAAAUAAAGAUGACAACCUUAUUUGUUUCAAGGUCGUUGGCAUGGAACCAUCAGAUGAACCAAUUCUCCGGGUCAAUAAAACAUUAACUGCUCUCGUGCUAGUAGGGAGUUGCCCAUCUGCACUUCCUCCAGAUUUGAUGAUUGGUGGACCGCAAGGACCUGUGCCUUUGCACGGGGACACUGUAGAUAUCUUGGCUUCAAUAAUUACACCAACUGUCUGUCCGUCCGUGCUUUCUUCCAAGUUUAGAGUUUCAGUUUUAUUGUAUGGUUUGGCAGGUUGUGGGAAAAGGACUGUCAUUAGAUAUGUUGCUCGUCGACUGGGCCUGCAUGUGGUGGAAUAUAACUGUCAUGAUCUAAUGGUGUCAGAUAGAACAUCUGUUGCUUUAGCACAAGCUUUCAAGACUGCUCGAAGAUACUCGCCAGCAAUACUUCUUCUUCGUCAUUUUGAUGUUUUUAGAGAUUCACAAUCACCCGAGGGUUCACUAAAUGACCAAAGAAGUAAUACAGCUGAAGUUGCAUCAGUUAUUAAGAAAUUCACAGAGCCAGUUAGUGAACAUGCUGACAAUAACUCCCUUGGGAAAUCAAAUGGUGAAUUUGUGGAGAAGAAUGCUGAAAAGACAAGUGGGCAUCAGGUCUUGUUGAUUGCUGCUGCUGACAGUUCAGAAGGUCUGCCUCCAACUAUUAGACGUUGUUUUAGCCAUGAAAUAAGUAUGGGACCUUUGACUGAAGAGCAAAGGGCUGAAAUGCUAUUCCAGUCACUGCAAAGUGUUUCUGGACUGCUCUCUAAUACUGAUUCAGAGGCUUUAGUAAAAGAAAUAGUUGGACAGACAUCUGGUUUCAUGCCCAAGGAUAUGUGUGCUUUAAUUGCUGAUGCUGGUGCCAACUUAUUUCCCAGAAACAAUGCUAAGGUAGACAAAGAUGGGCCUGAUGAUGUAGAUAGUUCUCUUUGUUCUGAGAUGACGGAGGAUAACAUUCACCAGAAAGUUUCACCUCAGAUUCCCGGGAAAGAAGACUUGAUAAAUGCUUUGGAACGAUCAAAGAAAAGAAAUGCAUCAGCAUUGGGUACUCCAAAGGUUCCAAAUGUGAAAUGGGAAGAUGUUGGUGGACUUGAAGAUGUGAAAAAAUCAAUCCUGGAUACUGUUCAGUUACCUCUCCUACAUAAAGAUCUGUUUUCAUCUGGAUUACGUAAGCGAUCUGGUGUUCUUUUGUAUGGUCCCCCUGGAACUGGCAAAACAUUAUUAGCAAAAGCUGUUGCUACAGAGUGUUCCUUAAACUUUCUUAGUGUGAAAGGCCCUGAGCUGAUCAACAUGUACAUUGGAGAGUCUGAGAAGAAUGUUCGAGACAUUUUUCAGAAGGCCAGAUCAGCACGUCCAUGUGUCAUCUUCUUUGAUGAGCUUGAUUCUCUUGCACCAGCUCGGGGUGCUUCUGGAGAUUCUGGGGGUGUUAUGGACAGAGUGGUUUCUCAGAUGCUUGCAGAGAUUGACGGAUUAAGUGAUUCAACACAGGAUCUGUUUAUUAUAGGUGCAAGUAACAGACCAGAUUUGAUAGACCCAGCACUUCUACGCCCUGGUAGAUUUGAUAAACUGCUAUAUGUUGGAGUUAACUCUGAUGCAUCUUACAGGGAGCGGGUCCUGAGAGCUCUUACCCGCAAGUUCAAAUUGCAUGAAGAUGUUUCACUUUACUCUAUAGCAGAAAAAUGUCCGCCAAACUUCACUGGUGCAGACAUGUAUGCUUUGUGUGCAGAUGCUUGGUUCCAUGCUGCAAAACGCAAAGUUUUGAGUUCAAAUCCAGAGUCUUCCAGCCAAGAUAAUGGGGCAGAUUCUGUUGUUGUUGAAUACAAUGAUUUUGUCCAGGUCUUAGCAGAGUUGCCACCUUCCCUCUCCAUGGCCGAGCUUAAAAAGUAUGAGCAACUGAGAGAUCAGUUUGAAGGCACCUCUAAAUGAAUUCUGUUUCUAUUUUGUUGUUACUGCUGUUUCUCGGAUUAUAAAACAAAUAUGCAUCAAAUAUUAUUUUUUUUUUGGGGGGGGGGGGCAAGGGGGUUGGUUGGUGACAUUCCCUGUAUUUAUAAUUUUUUUGGUAAAAUAAUGGUUAUACAUUAUAUUUAUUUUAACUUAAUAUGCAAGCAUAAAAUUAUUU